AUGAUUUGGACAGGUAUCUUGCUUCUUUCGAUUGGAUGGAGUUUCCUUUUCUUUACUUCGGCCUCGUUGCUGUUACCAAACCAGGAUGCUGCCUGGGACCGAUUAAACUAUGGAAUCAACUUUGCCAGUGCCAAGUCCCUCGACAACGUGAUUCUGAGGCUGAAUAUUCUGUUUCAUGUCAUGUCCAGCUACCUUGUUAUUCUACCGUUGGCGUCUUAUCUGUGGAUGAUCGAUGAGGUCUUCUUUGGUGGCUACAACGAUAUUCAGAUCCAGAAACCAGUCAUCACCAUUUCGGUUCCUCGCGGUGGAACCACUUCGUUUCAUCGAACCCUGGCUCUGGAUGAACGAUUUGCAACCCCCACCAUGGCAGAAGUUGUCAUGCCAUUCAUUUGUGUCUACAAGCUGUUAUUUGCUCUGAAUCAAACAGCUCCUGGUCUCGUCCAGAAAACGGAAAGCUUACUCAAGUGGAUCAACCGUGUUACGCCACAGGUGGAAGCUAGGCAUCCAAUCUCCCUGUUUGCGCCGGAUGCCGACGACAUUUUGCUGGGAGAACGGCACUGGGUAUCCGUGGGAGCCGUGAGGACCUUUCCAGUGGCAGAGUACUGGAAGAAACACUAUCAAAUGGACGCACAUUCUAGUCGAGAACGAGACCGUUCCAUGCAACUACACCGACGCAUGUGUCAAAAAGUGCUGUACAACCGCCCGGGGCCUCGUCGAUUGUUGCUUCGGUCACAUUUGAGUCCUUGUGUGGGAGACUUUCAGCGACUCUAUCCGGAUGCCGUGGCGGUGGGGAUCCUGAGAAACCCAGUGGAUGUAUUACAAUCGUUUGCAGGCCUAUCUACGGAAGCAGUAUUGGCAGCGACCGGAGUGAAUAUGUUGGCUCCUGCAGCCAAAGAUUCCAUUUGGUGGCCAUCGCUCUUUCGAGCAUUGCUAGCUGACAUGAUGGAUCGCGAGAGUGCUCUGUACGGUGGAGAUGACGAUCAUGCCUGGAAAGGGCGCUGUCAUUAUGUGACGUUUUCAGAGUUCAAAGCCAAUCCUCAAGGUGCUCUGGGAACACUCUAUGGCAAGAUGGAACUUUCAAUGACGCCGGAACUGGAGGACGCCCUGCAGAAUGGACUAAAACGCCAUGAAACCUAUAAGACAAGGCACACCUACAAGAAUCCCACCCUUGACCAGAUGAUGAUUGAUGAGAAAAGGUUUUUGAAUCUCCCAGGUGUGAAGAGGUACGCAGAAUUGCUGGAAGAGCAGUCGUACGGUAGGUGA